AACGGUUCGAUGGCCCCGCUGGAGUUGCCCCAAGGCGUCCUACUGAACCGCAGGCCACCACCUUUCGUCAUUAGCGAAUCAGAGUUGGAUGAGGACGAUGAUUAUGAUGAAGACGACGUCGAUGGCGAGGGGUAUCCUGUUGAGUGA